AAAUGCAAAAAAAAAAAAAAAAACUGAAAAGCCAUUAAUUGAAUAUUCAGUUGAAAGUUCUCCUUCUUUCUUGCUUCCACUGACCUUCGAUUUGCUGCUCGCGUUUGUCUUCUUCACCAAGAAAUUGAGCUCUAUAUCUUACUUGAUCAACGCCCAUUUUGGUCACGAAUCAAUAGGGUACUAUAUUUAAAUUUUCUGCUUAUAAAAUUUUCACUGUGUCCAAGAAUCCAAGAGGUUGUAUCUGGAAUUGGGUUGUGAUACAAAUUACCAGUAAUGGUAUUGCCCUUGUUGAAGCUAGGGACGCUUGCUGUAAAAACUCUGAGCAAACCUAUAGCUAGUAGACUCAAGGUUCAGGCCGGAAGGCAUCCCAAGUUCCGUAAUUUCAUCGUCGGCAUCGCCCAGGGAAAUCAAGAUAGCGUAGACUAUUAUGCAAUCAUGGAUCAAGCAAUUCAAUUUCCGGGUUGAGAAAAAUUUCCGGGGAAACCAUAGGAUAACAACACAAAUGCAAAGACGCAUAUAUGGUCAUGCAACUGAUGUUGAAAUUCGACCUUUGAAUGAGGAGAAAGCUGUUCAAGCGGCUGUAGACCUUCUGGGGGAAGUUUUUGUCUUCUCGGUUGCUGUAGCUGCUCUGAUAUUUGAGGUGCAAAGAAGUGCUCGGUCAGAAGCUAAGAAGGAGGAGCUUCGUAGGCAGGAAAUGGAGGAACUGAGGCAACGAGACGAUGAGUUGGCAAGAGAGGUAGAGCUUCUAAAGAGUAAGUUGCAGGAGCUUGACCAGCUAGCCCAGAAACGUGGACUUUCUGGUGUUUUUGGCUUUAGACAUGCUCAUGGAGAGGAAAGCAAGUCGGCGGCAACAAAUUGAUUUCUUCAUGUUAAUCUGAUAUUGAAUAAUGCAUUUAUUUCUGAUUCAUAAGGAUAAUUGGGCCUGCUCAAUUUAGACUUUUGACCUUCAUUGGCUCCCGAGCAUACAGUUUUGCUGAUUACUUGUUUCAUUUGUAAAUACACUCGCUGAAACAGAGGACUGAUCUGUAUUGAGUAUUAAACAAGAAGGGAAAGGAAUUCAUCAUUGCAGCUGAUAAGGAUCUGCAGCAGUGAUAAAGAGAUAUUGUCAGGCAGUCAGGAAAGGAGAAGAGAGACCCUAAUUAUAAAAUUUCUGAACUUGGCUCCAAA